AUGGUCGAUACGUGCGGUUGCCGAAGAGGCCCUCCUACCGGGCCUACGAUUUUGAUGUUCGGUCCGAUCGCCUCAUCUUUCAACGAGGCAUCCUUCGCCCAGGUUCGCAAAACAGCUACCGAGAACGAGGAGUUCCGAUGGGCUCUAGACACUAUUGCCGAGUUUCCACGGAUAUGGCAGACCCUUACUACCCGCAUUCCUAGCCUCAAGACUACGUCAGCACUUGGUCAACUAGAGGACUUGAGUGAUGCAUUUCGAACUGGACGGCCACUGAAUACCCCAUUCCCUCUUCCGAACAAACUUCUCAUCCCACUGGUUGUCGUCUCUCAACUUACUCAAUAUGCUACGUUCUCGCUUAGCGAAGCUGAGGGGCGACACGUCGAUCUACUUGACACAUCUAGAUCAAACAGGGAGACUCUAGGACUUUGCAUCGGCCUCCUGAGCGCUUUUGCUGUUUCUAGUGCAGGCGACAAAGAGCAGUUCGAGAAGUAUGCUGCCGUCGCGGUGCGAUUAGCUCUGCUAAUCGGUAUUGCUGUCGACGCCCAAAAUGAAGUUUUCGGACCGUCCAAGUCCCUUAGCGUUAUGUGGCACUCUGCAGGAGAUGGCGAGAAAUUGCAACAUAUUGUCGAAAGCUUUUCAGGGACGUACGUUUCUGUCCACUAUGACGAAAAUCGCGCCACCAUCACAACGAAAGCUUCAGUUAUUACUGAACUACAACAGCAGCUGAGAAGUGCUGGCUUUAUUGGGUGGGAAGUCGGUAUCUAUGGACGUUUCCAUGCUGACGUUAACAUCGAGAAGUCGAAGCUACUCAUGGAGUUUGUCGACGCUCAUGUUGAAUUUCAGUUUCCAGAUGCUACAUCUGGCCUCGUGUUUCCCACCCGGUCAAACGGUGGAGGCAAACUGAUAACAGAGGAUUCGCUGCAUCACCAUGCGUUGCAGUCCAUUCUGCUGGAACCGCCAAGGUGGUUUCAAACGGUUUCCGCUGUACGCGACAACAUGAUCGAGAACAGGGACUCGUAUAUCAUAUCCUUUGGCUCCGAACGCGUCGUGCCGCCAUCGCUACUGCGUAGUAUCAACUCUCAGGUACUAUAUAUGGCUGAUUUCGAUGACACAACUCCGCGAUUUGGUGCUUUUUUGAAGAGCGAGACGAGAACAUUCUCUGACAAUGAUGUUGCCGUUGUCGGUAUGUCCAUCAAUGUGGCUGGCGCCGAAGCCUUGGAUGAAUUCUGGGAUCUUUUAGUCUCUGCCAAGUCACAGCAUAAGGAGGUACCAAAGGAGCGAUUUUCUUUUCAGGGCGCUUUCCGCGACAAUGACCCCAAGAGAAAAUGGUUCGGCAAUUUUAUUGAGAAUUUCGACAAAUUUGACCACAAAUUUUUCAAGAAGAGCCCUCGUGAGAGCUCAACCAUAGACCCUCAGCAACGGCUGUUCCUCCAGUGUGCUUACCAAGCCGUAGAGCAGUCCGGUUAUUUUCAUUCUUCCGACCUAGAUAAUCAAGUAGGUUGCUUUGUUGGGGUUUGUUCUCGCGAUUACGAUGCCAAUGUUGCUUGUCAUCCUCCUAAUGCAUUUACUGCUAUUGGUAAUCUGCAGAGUUUCACAGCUGGUAGGAUCAGCCAUCACUUUGGUUGGACGGGUCCCGGCUUAACAAUCGAUACUGCCUGCUCCUCUUCCGCUGUGGCUAUUCACCAAGCCUGCCGCGCCAUAACAACCGGCGAAUGUACAGCCGCUCUCGCCGGUGGUGCUAACUUAUUUACUAAUCCACUAUGGUUCCAAAACUUGGCCGCGGGAUCGUUUCUGAGCACGACUGGCCCAUGUAAGCCAUUUGACGCGAAGGCAGAUGGUUAUUGCAGGGGUGAAGGUGUGGCCGCCGUGUUUUUGAAGAAGCUUUCUGCUGCAGUGGCCGAUGGUGAUCAAAUCCUUGGUGUUGUCGCGGCAACGGGUGCGCAGCAGAACGAGAACAUCACCCCCAUCUUUGUUCCGAACUCACCUUCUCUUGCAGACCUCUUCCGCUCUGUUACCAAGAGGGCCCGGUUGAGGCCAUCUCAGAUAUCAGUUGUCGAGGCCCACGGCACCGGCACUGCGGUUGGCGACCCGGCUGAGUACGACGGCUUACGGCAAGUGCUUGGCGGCCCUGUUUCUAAGCGGGAUAAAGAGCUUUUGUUUGGAUCAGUAAAGGGGCUUGUCGGUCAUACAGAGGCAACUUCGGGGAUUGUCUCAAUGAUCAAAGUCAUACUUAUGAUUCAAAAAGGGAUGAUACCACCCCAGCCAAGCUACACUUCUCUCAACCCAGCCAUCGGGGCGACCCCAGCCGACAAGAUGAGCAUCCCUACAACCCUACAGACAUGGGACGCCGAGUUUCGCGCUGCGUUGAUCAAUAAUUAUGGCGCCUCUGGCUCCAACGCUUCAAUGAUCCUCACACAGUCACCAUUUAUUGGCACUAGGUUAAUAAAAGAUAGACAAAAGAUUCCUGCUGAUACCAAGUAUCCGUUUUGGAUCGCGGGUUUAGAUGGCCCCAGUAUACGUCGAUACAGUAAAGCCUUCCGCAGAUUUCUCAGCAAGGAAAACCACCCGGCAACAGAUUUCUUCCUCUCCAAUGUCUCCUUCAACUUAGCUCGUCAGAGCAAUCGAACUCUUCGCAAGGCAGUUUUGUUUAGUGUGCGUUCAAUAGGGGCGCUUGAUCAGAAAUUAGGAGCUAUAGAGACAGGUGAUCCUGAUAUGGCACCCUUGGAUCAACCCGACUCCAAACCUGUUGUGCUCUGUUUUGGGGGCCAAAUAUCGACUUCCGUGGGCCUGGAUAGGGGCCUGUACGACAGGGUAGCUGUUUUACGAAAACAUUUGGACAACGUCGAUUCGGUCGUUCGUCUGAAUGGCGGAGGAAGCAUAUUCCCUGGAAUAUUCGAAACUACACCGAGUAACGAUAUCGUCGAGUUGCAGACAAUGCUAUUUGCGAUCCAAUACGCCUGUGCACGCAGUUGGAUUGAUUCUGGGAUUAAACCUGUAGCGGUGGUUGGCCAUAGUUUUGGUGAGCUUACUGCGCUUGCCGUUUCGCAGGUGCUCUCAUUGGAAGACGCUGCCAGGUUAAUCAUACAACGUGCAACACUUGUUCGUGAUUCCUGGGGAAGUGAUAGAGGCGCCAUGAUGGCCGUAGAGGCUGACCUAAACGACAUCGAGAAACUGCUUUCGGAGUCGAAUCGCAAAGUUCCUGAAGAAAAACAUGCCACCAUUGCCUGCUACAAUGGCCCACGAUGCUUUACCCUUGCUGGUUCUACUGCUGCGAUUGAUACAGUUGCUGCGACUGUCUCAUCAUCGCUGAGGUCGAAGAGAUUGAAUGUUACGAAUUCGUUUCAUUGCGCCCUUGCCGAUCAUCUCAUGGGGGCAUUAGAGAAAAUUGGGAGAUCAGUUACAUUUAGGAAGCCCAUUAUCCCCGUAGAGAGAGCUUCUGAGUUCCCGACUCAAGAGGAACACACAGCCAGGUUUGUUGCUGAUCACAUGCGUCACCCCGUGUAUUUCAACCAUGCAAUCCAGCGAAUCGCUCAAAAAUACCCGUCGUCUAUCUUCUUGGAAGCUGGAUCUAAUUCGACCAUUACUUCUAUGGCAAGCCGAGCACUUGGUAGCCCCGCGGGUAUUCAUUUUCAAGCCAUUAACAUAACGAAUUGCGAUAAAGCGUGGAAUAAUCUUGUUGACGCGACGAUGAACUUGUGGAAGGUCGGUACAACUGUGCAGCACUGGGCACAUCAGGCAGCCCAGACCAAAGAAUAUUCCCCUCUUCUACUACCACCUUACCAGUUUGAGCAAGCAACUCACUGGCUGGAUUAUAAGGUGCUUCCUGAGUCAACCGAACUGUCUACAGCUAAUCAGAGAGAGGAGAAGCUCCCAGAUAGCCUCCUAACCUUUGUUGGCUAUCAGGACAGUAAAAAGCGGACUUCCAAAUUUAGGAUCAAUACCAUGAUCCUUAAGUAUGGAAAACUCGUCGCUGGCCAUGUUCUUGUACAAACCGCAGCCAUUUGUCCAGCUACUGUGCAACUUGACCUCGUUAUUGAGGCUGUUCGAAAUCUUCGGCCCGAUUUGGAAGCAGCCCGCAUGGAGCCACAGAUCCAUGUUGUUGAGAACAAGUCGCCUAUUUGUAUCAACCCGGCACGGGCUGUUUGGAUUGGGUUGGAAGAGGAAGAAGCAAGGAAAAGUCCAUCCUGGACCUUUCAAGUGUUCAGCACGGACUUGCUUCAAAGGGCUGCCAAGACUCUACACACAACGGGCAGGAUUGCUUUCUGUUCAACAGAGGAUUUGACGCUUAAGCUAGAGUUCGCGCGUCUUGAGCGACUUACUGGACAUAGCCGUUGCGUCGAGUUGUUGCAGAGCGGUAAUGUCGACGAAAUGCUCUCGAACAGAAACAUAUACAAGAUAUUCUCCGACGUUGUCGAUUACGACAGAUGUUACCGAGGUCUCCGAAAGUUGGUGGGAUGCGGAAACCAGUCUGCCGGUCACGUUGUCCAGAAAUACAACCCUGAGACAUGGCUUGAUCCUCACCUAUCCGACAAUUUUUGCCAAGUUGGUGGCAUUUUCGUGAACUGCAUGACGAAUAGAUCGUCAUCUGAAAUUUAUAUUGCUAAUGGUAUCGAGCAAUGGAUUCGCUCACCCAAGCUUCGUCCUGGUGAUGCUCGACCAGACAAUUUUCACGUCCUCGCGACGCAUCAUCCUUUGGAGAAGAAAUACCUGACCGAUGUUUUCGUUUUCCAUCCAGAUACCGGCGAGCUACUAGAAGCUAUUCUUGGGAUUAAUUACACCAGUAUUGCUAAAGCGUCGAUGAGCAAGAUCAUUACGCGUCUUACCUCCGAGAGUGCUGCAACUGCUGCAUCGUCCGGGCCUGCUAAGGCUGCAUUGUUCGAGGCUGCACCCGCGGAGAUUGACCCACCAAACCCUGUCUCUAAAAAGGUAUCAAAACGACAAAAAGCGAAGAAAUCGCCUGAAUCAGACGUGUCUCUCAAGGUCAAAAAGCUGCUAGCUGAUCUUUCCGGUCUUGAUCUAGAUGAGAUCAAGGACGAUAGCCAACUUGCUGAACUUGGUAUAGAUUCCCUAAUGGGGAUGGAGAUGGCGCAUGAGAUCGAGGCUGUUUUCAAGGUCACACUGCCUGAAAAUGAGCUUAUAGAAAUUGUCGACAUGCCUAGCCUGAUAAAAUGCGUGCAGAAGGCAGUGGGCAGAGAUGUCGCCGGCGAGAUAAGCAAGCAAAGUGAAGACGAAACCUCUAGCAACAGCAAUACUAGGUCGUAUAGUAUCAGCGAAGCAUCAUCGGGGCAUCCGACCGGUAUUACUACUCCUGCAGCCAAUGAUGAUAAGGACUCCUAUGAUAUUGUCAGUGCUUGUGAUAAUGAGCUGAAGCUUCCCUUUGCCACAGUUAUGCAAGCAUUCAAUGAAACGAAAGCUCUUAAUGAUGAUAGAAUUGUCGAACAUGGACAAGCCAACUACUUUGAAACGGUGAUGCCGUUACAGACGGAUAUGUGCGUUGCACUUGCAUUCGAGGCAUUCGAUCAACUUGGACAGCAUCUUCGCGAAGCGAAGUCAGGAGACAAGUUUUGUCAAAUUCCCCAUCCGAAGGAGCACGACCGCCUGGUGGACCACCUCUAUUCGAUGCUAGAGAAGGAAACUCACACCAUCAAUGUCGACGGCGAUGUUAUUACUAGGACCGCCAUGGCAGCGCCGGCAAGGUCGAGUAAGGAUAUCCUCGAAGAGUUACUAACUCGCUUCCCGGACCAGACGACAGCCGAUAAACUUACAUUUUAUACUGGAUCGAAGCUUGCAGAUGUUCUGAAAGGAAAGACAGGUGGCAUACAACUAAUCUUUGGUACUCCUGAGGGGCGUGAACUCGUCUCAGGCCUAUACGCAGAUUGGCCAUUAAACCGGAUGUUUUACAAACAAAUGGAGGAUUUCCUUACAAGACUUUGUACCAAACUUGAUAUAAAUGAAGGCCCGCUUAAGAUCCUUGAGAUGGGUGCGGGUACUGGAGGUACAACCAAGUGGCUUGUUCCUCUCUUAGCCUCGUUGAAUGUGCCAGUCGAGUAUACGUUUACCGAUCUUGCGCCUUCAUUCGUAGCCGCCGCACGCAAGAGGUUCAAGCAGUACUCGUUCAUGAAGUUUCGAACUCACGAUAUUGAACAGGCACCGGCGGAUGAGCUAAUGGGAACUCAACACAUUGUCAUCGCUAGUAAUGCUGUUCAUGCCACGCAUUCACUAGGCGAAUCUGGAAAGAACAUCCGAAAAACCUUGCGCUCUGAUGGUUUCCUCAUGAUGCUUGAGAUGACUGGUACAAUGUAUUGGGUCGACAUGGUCUUCGGGUUAUUUAAUGGCUGGUGGUUCUUUGAUGAUGGGCGGCAUCAUGCCGUCACGAAUGAGUUUAGGUGGCAGAAAGAUCUGCAAGCAGUUGGUUACGGACACGUCGACUGGACAGAUGGAGUUCGACCAGAAAAUAGAUGCGAGAAACUGAUUAUUGCGAUGGCUUCGGGUGAGAGGUGCGAACGACUCCCAAUUUCUUCCUCUCCACCUAACAAGAGUCUAUCAGCUGACCUAGAGGCACGAGAAGUGGUGGUCAAUAGGUAUGUUCACGACUUGACCGAUGGGUUCUCGGUUGGUCUUGAAGAUGCGACGGGGGUGUAUGUGCCCAAAACAAAUCCCAAUGGUAAAACGGUGCUGAUUACGGGCGCAACUGGUAGCCUGGGAUCACAUCUAAUCGCCCGAUUAGCGGAACUAACAGACAUCACUCGCAUUGUCUGCUUAAAUCGACGUAGAGGAACUGACCCAGAAGAACGCCAGAAGAAAGCCCUAAUCAAAAAAGGCAUCCCCUUAUCAGAUAGAGCUAUCAGUAAACUGAGCGUCUUCGAGACAGAUAUGUCGAAACCCUACCUUGGCCUACCUAUCGGGGACUAUCAAAAUAUUGUCGACAAGGUCACUCAUAUCGUCCAUAAUGCGUGGCUUAUGAACGCGAAGUAUCCACUUCGUAACUUUGAAGCGCAGUUCCAGAUUAUGAAAAACCUUCUUAACCUUUCUCGCGAAAUUUCUAUUCGGCGUAUCCCGGGUACCAAGGUUACCUUCCAGUUCAUUUCGUCCAUUGCUGCUGUCGGCCACCGGCCUAUCUGGUCCGGUGAACCAAUAGUGCCUGAGGAACGCAUGACAAUCGAGUCUGUGUUGCCUACAGGAUACGGCGACGCCAAAUAUAUCUGCGAGCUCAUGCUUGAUAAGACGUUGCACAAGUACCCCGAUCGUUUCCGCGUCAUAGCGGUCCGACCGGGACAAAUAGCAGGCUCGAGUACAAGCGGUCACUGGAACGUCACGGAACACCUUUCAUUUCUAAUCAAGUCGUCGCAAACAUUGAAAGCGUUGCCUGAUUUUGAUGGCCUUUUAUCGUGGACACCGGUUGAUCAAGUCGCCGGCACGCUUGUGGACCUGCUUUUCCUUCCAGAAGAUAAGACGCAUUACCCGAUAUAUCAUGUUGAGAACCCAGUUCGUCAACAGUGGAAAGAGAUGACAUCUAUAUUAGCCAACGCCUUGGAUAUACCCCGGGAAGGUAUUAUUCCUUUUGAGGAGUGGGUACAACGCGUUCGAGAACAUCCCAGGCGCGUCGAGGGACCCGCAGGGGAGAAUCCAGCGUUCUUGUUGAUCGACUUUCUGGACGAUAACUUUUUCCGCAUGUCUUGUGGUGGCUUAUUACUUGAUACAGGUAAAGCUCGAGAACAUUCGAAAACAUUAGCGAAUACCGGACCGGUUGAUGAACAGGUAACUAGGAAAUUUAUUCAGAGCUGGAAGAACAUGGGGUUCCUAAGUUGA